AUGAACCCUCGCUACGGGCGCUCUGAGAUCUUUUCCAACAGUCCUGAUCAAUACUCGAGUCGCAACAGCCAUUAUGAAACUGUUCUCACGGCUUUUCAGAACAACAAAGCGCUAGGGUACAUAAUCGUCGCUCUCAUUUCCAUUCCUAUUUUGUUAGGUUACCUUGGAUUUAUUCCUAAAUUGCUCUUUCGCAUCUUGUGGGAUCUCUUCGUUUACUUCAUACCCUCGCGAAUCGUUAUCGCUUUGGAUUCUCACAUAUCCGACUCCGACUCCGACCCUUCAAGUCCAUCUCCCUUGCUCGCCCAAGAUAAAAGUGACGCCAUGAAACGCAUCCUCGGUCUAGACGACAAUGCCUACUUCUCCUUCUUCGCCCGAUCAAAACCACUUUCCAUCUUCGGGAAUGCCGUGCUGGGAAAUACCGACGAUGUCACACCCGCGGGACUAGGAAACUGGAACAACUCAUGUUUCCAGAACAGCAUCAUGCAAGGAUUAGCUUCGUUGGAAUCUCUCGCCGAGUUUCUGGGCCACAACAUUGAAAACCUCUCGGGAAAGGCUUCUUUCGAGACGCAUAGGGCCCUUUUGGACCUCCUCGAUAGUUUGAAUAGCGCUUCCAAGGGUGGCACCAAACUGUGGAUUACCGGGCCUCUGAAAUCGAUGAGUAGUUGGCAACAGCAAGAUGCGCAAGAGUACUUUUCCAAGUUGGUGGAUCAAAUCGACCUUGAGGCUGAACUGGGCGCACGAGGCAACACCCUGAACAUGGGAUUGAAGAUUGCAGGACGAGAUGAAAACAUAUUCCGAAACAACGAGCAAGACGAACAGAUCUCUAAAGGGCUGGAUUCGCUCCCAUCCACAGAUAAGCUUUAUCUUGAUAAGGCUUCAUCUUGCAAUCCCCUCGAAGGUCUACUCGCUCAGCGGGUUGGAUGCAUGGAGUGUGGAUGGACGGAAGGGCUUUCUCUAAUUCCUUUCAACUGUCUCACUGUUCCUUUGGGCAGAAAAUUCUCAUAUGAUGUUCGCGAAUGUUUGGACCAAUACAUGGCGCUUGAGCCUAUUGAAGGCGUGGAGUGCGCUAAGUGCACGCUAUUGCAUCAACAAGAGCAACUCACCGCUUUGAUUGGCGGGUUUGAAGACGAUGAGAAUCCUUCGGGUGGCUCUGAGAUACCCGAGGCAUUGAAUGCCGUCAAACAGUCGGCUUACUCGCGGUUAGAGGCUGUCAAGACGGCUUUGAAGAGCAAUGACUUUAGCGAAAACACACUGGCGAAACAGUGUCGCAUCCCUUCAAAGAAUCGGGUUUCAACUACAAAAUCUCGGCAAGCCGUCAUUGCACGGGCUCCUCGCUGCCUUGCCAUUCAUAUCAACCGCAGUGUCUUCGACGAAAUGACUGGGGCGCUGGAGAAAAAUCUCGCGGCCGUUACAUUCCCGCAAACCAUCGAUUUAAAUCAUUGGUGUCUUGGCACCAAAGCUCUUAGUAAAUCUGGCGACAAUUCCGAACAAUGGGAAACAAACCCCUCGCGAUCAAUGCUCCCACAGCCUGGCGAAUCUAUUGAAGUCCCCAGCAGACAAUAUCAGCUACGGGCAAUCAUCACCCAUUAUGGCAGACACGAGAACGGACACUAUAUCUGUUACCGCAAGUAUCCAACGUCGGAAUUCUCAGCUCCUGCUCCAGACGAGAUCCUUCAAGCCGAGGGCGACAAGGAUAAGCCCGAGCGUUGGUGGCGGCUAAGCGACGAUGAUGUUCAGAUGGUCAGUGAAGGCCAUGUGAUCUCCCAAGGCGGUGCUUUCAUGUUGUUCUAUGAAGCUAUUGAUGAUUCCACCUCGCUCGAUUUGUCUCAAUCUGCUUCAAUUCAUACCGAUGCCUACGACGAGUGCUAUGUAGAGUCUACUUCUUCCGAAGAUGUAGACUCACUACGCAAUUAUACCAUGUCCAAGGACAUUUCUCCUCCAUCCACUGUCACCGACUUUGACUCUUCUACUUCCCGUGCCACCAGUGUUUCGAUACCGAUGGAGGGCCUUUCGGAGACCUCGAACGUCAUCGAUACUGAGGCUAAGUCAAGUGAUCAACCAGAUUCACCCUCCACCAUUCUUGCAUGA